GUCCGUACUAGGGCGAAGCUUACUAGCCUAGUCUAAACACAUCUCCAAACUCCAAAUGAGUCCAAAAUCUAAAGUGAGUCUUCGGUCCAAAGUAAAUAUCUAACUAAUUAAUUUAAGUUUGGCUUCUCGGGAUUCAGAAUAUUAAAAUUUUAAGUAAUCGCUUUGCGUAUGUGUUUUUACGCCUGAUAAAGAAAAGGUAAAAUUAUCAUCAUUCAAGAUCAGAUUAGAAAUGACUUGGAUUUAGUAACUGAAGACCAAGUGCCAUUUAAUUAUGUUUGGAAAACGGAUAUUCAAGUAAACAGGAAUAUAAUUAAGUGAUUCAAGUAUCAGAGAAUAGAAUGUCCAAGUUUACUUUCGGUGCCCCAACCACCUCUGCGACGUCCACGAGCUUUUCUUUUCCAGUACAACAACAAGCUGGAGCUUUUGGCGCGACAAGCACUUUUGGUGCCACUGGUUCUGCAGCUGCACCAUCUAUGGCUCAGCCUACAGCCACCCCAGGUUUAAACUUUAGUUUUGGUAACACAGCAACAGUUCAGCCUGCAGCCACACAGCCAACCCUAAAUACUGGCUUGUUUGGAGCUACUACAAAUCAACCUCAGCAGUCUCAGCUAGCUCAGCAGUUAGCUCAGCCUAUACAGCAAACAACUGGGCUGACAUUUGGCACUCCGACAGCAGCUGCUAAGCCCACUGGUUUGACCUUUGGAACUCCAACUGUUACAACUACACAGACAACUGGUCUAUCUUUCAACCCCCCAACAGCUACCUCAGGAGGCUUGUCCUUUGGUUUAGGCACAUCUGGAACAGCUGCUGGGACUGGGGGUGGUAUAGCUUUCGGAGCAGCUCCAACUACUAGUGGUCUGUCCUUUGGAACAACAACAAGCACUGCUGCAGUUGCACCUACGACUUCCGGCUUAGGUUUUGGUACUACUCUUGCUGCUAAUACAGGGUUAAAUUUUGGUGCAACUUCUACAGCUGGUACAGGUCUGAGUUUUGGAGCCACUCCAACAUCAUCAACUGCUUCAUCGUUGUUUAAUACAAGUACACUUUUUGGAGCAAAACCAGCAACAACAGCACCAGCUGUUACUACUGCCCCAACUACAACAACAAAUCGUGGACUUGGGGGAUUAGAUGUAUCAGUUACAAACAAAGGUCUUACACAGGGUAAUGUACAGUCCACAUCAGCCAAAGAAAAUUUAUUACCCAACGAGCUGAUGCAAACAAUAGAUAGUUUUAAAGAAUUUGUGAAAACGCAAAAAAGCCUCAGUUCAGACAUAGCGCGAGGUUCCGUACGGCCUCUUAACAGAUGUGCUGAAGACACAGCCUCGCUCAUGGAAAUUCUGACAACAUUGGCUGGUUCAGUGCAGCGAGACAGAUCACUCACUGACAGACUUAAAUGUGACACGGCCAAUGCGCUGCAUAAUGCUGAAAUCGCUCAGAGAACACAUGAUACACCCCCCGGGCUUCAGUACGAAAAUAAUGCCCCUCUUUUGUUUUUUAUGGAGCUUGCUGAACAAUUUGAAAACGAUUUAAUGUUAUUCAAGCAACAGAUUGAGUCGACCGAAAAACACAUACAGACUAUGAUGACUCCCAAAACUUUGACACCUCAAGAAUUAACGAUGGCAAUGAAUAAGUUGCACGAGUCACUGGUAGCAGUUGCUGGCAAAUUGCAAGGAGUGCAUUCAAAAGUUCAGCAACAGAAAGAACAGUACCUUAACUUUAGAAAGUAUGUCUUGAAAGAUACCACAAAUGUUUUUGAAGACAUUAGGUCAGAUGGGAAUUCCAGCAGGAGUAUCAUAGGAAAAGUAACAAGUGGUCCCACACCAUUUGGUCCAGGCAAUCGGAGUUUCUUAUCAUCUUCAUCUUUAAAUCCAGUUCAGACUCCUAGUUAUGGCAAUCCAAACCCAUUAGGUUGGGGAAGCUCUAGCACAACACCCUCAACGAAUCUCUCUCUGGAGACAACAACGAAGCCUCCCACAGUAGGCCUUAAUUUUAAUUCGUCAUCAAGUUUUAUAGCACCAUCCAACACGAGUUCAAGCUUUCAACUACAGAAGCCUCCAGUUGGUAACAAACGAGGAAAACACUAA